AUGCCUUAUAUCAUGGAUUCUGAUUUUAUUGAAAGAAAUGAUGGGUAUGGAAAUUGCAAUGUUGAUGACCACACUUGUUAUAAUAUUGACUAUAAUAAUGGACAUGAGGAGAAUAAUGAUAGUAAUAUUGGCAGAAGGAGUAAGGAUGUCAUAAGUAUCAAUAGCAAUGUUAUAACAGACAGAAU